UUUCGUUUAUUACUCUUCAAAGUACAAAACUAUUUCAUGUAAACAGUGUUUCUCUCCAAAACUCCAACUCUCUCCAAUUUCUGUCACUAGUGACAGACAGUAAGGUUUAUCUUAUCUUAUCAUUAAGUUGAGUACUACACAAAGCUAGACACUCAAUGAACAGUUGGUAUUUACAUAGCCUUGUAACAUGUAAGAUAUUUUCUACAUGCAAUUGAACCUAUAAAUGAAUCUCACUGUGCUCCCGAGUAGAGUCAAAUUACGUCUCCGCCUACCAAAGUUUUCCCCCGAAUUUACCGACAUAAAUCCAUGAUUCGCCUGUUGUGUCUCUCUGGACUAGACUUUGCAAUCCUCUUGCUGGUACACACAUGUUUCGUGACGGUCCCUGUAUCAAAGAUAAGCAUUUCAAAGCUACCACUUCCGUGUUGCUUUCUUGCCUGCGUUAAGUCCAAAGAGUAUUUGUGUGUGUAUUUUAUUUUUAUUUAAAGGAAAAGGUUUGUUCACGAACUCGCUCACCCUCGCAUUUUGGAUUUUGUCAUCACUCGGAUUUAUAAAAUAUUUUCUCAAAUUUGUCAGAAGCUUUUGUUUAUUUCAUUUUUUUAUUUCAAUUUUUGUAUGCAUCUCCUUGACGCGUUCUUGAAGAUGACAGAAGAACAGGAGACGUAUCGGUGUGACGCCCCCAGUCCCAGUAUGUCUGAUGACUCCACGGAGUCACCGUACCCGUCCGGGUCCGGUUCGGACAAUGAAAACACUAACCUCCAAAGGGGUCCAAACUACAACAAGGAGAGCGAAGAAGAAAAGUUCCCUGUUUGUAUUAGAGAUGCGGUGUCGCAGGUGUUGAAAGGUUACGAUUGGACGCUGGUACCCAUUCCGGUGCGCAUUAAAAGCUCAAGUAAAAGCAAACCUCAUGUUAAAAGACCUAUGAACGCAUUCAUGGUGUGGGCUCAAGCUGCACGAAAGAAGCUCGCCGAUCAAUACCCGCAUCUGCACAACGCAGAACUCAGCAAAACCUUGGGUAAACUUUGGAGAUUGCUUAAUGAGGUUGAGAAGCGCCCGUUUGUGGAAGAAGCUGAGCGUUUAAGAGUGCAACAUAAAAGGGACCACCCAGACUACAAGUAUCAGCCGAGGCGGAGAAAAUCUGUCAAGAAUGGUCAAAGUGAAACCGAGGGCAAUGAACAGACACGCGUUUCUCCAAAUAGAAUGUUUAAGGCACUACAGCAGGUCGAUUCUCCAGCAUCCUGUGUGGGCGAGAUUCACUCUCCAGACAAUUCAGGUCAGUCACAAGUCCCACCAACACCCCCAAACACACCCAAAACCGACCUUCCCUUCAGCAAAGUUGACCUGCAGCAUGAUGAACACCCCAUUCAGGACAACUCUAGCCGUCAGAUGAACAUUGACUUUGGUGCUGUAGACAUAAGUGAGCUGAGCAGUGAUGUCAUCUCUAACAUGGAAAGCUUUGAUGUGGAAGAGUUUGACCAAUACCUGCCACCCCAUGGCAAUCCUGGGGUGGCUCACAGAGUUCAGGGUGCCUUUGCCAGCAUCUACGGCAUCAACAGUUCCUCAGUAGCCCAGGCAGACUGCAUUGGAGCCCACACUUGGAUGUCCAAACCGCAGCAACAGCACUCUCUGACCACCCUGGGUGGAGAUAAAGAGCAAACAACCACACAGAUUAAGACAGAACAUGUGAGCCCCAGCCACUAUAGCAAGCAGCAGGACUUCUCACAGCACAGGUCCUUCAACCUACAACACUACAAUAACUUUUCUUACCCUUCCGUGACAAGAGUACAAUACGACUAUCCUGACCACCAAAGUGUUGCAAACUCCUUCAACAGUCAUGCAUCUCGCCAAAGCUCCAGCCUGUAUUCCACCUUCAGCUACAUAGGCUCCAGUCCGAGGUCACUAUACACCCAAACUGACACCACCAGGGUUCCUUCUGUGCCGCAGACCCACAGUUCACAACACUGGAAGCAGCAACCCACUUACACACAACUCUCCAGGCCUUGAGGAAGUAGUUUUAGUACUGACUGUAACACCAACACUGAAAUUAUUUCUGCUCAGUGACCUUUGCACCACACAUAAUGCCCAUGAAAAACAAGAUUUGUUUAAUAGUUUUGAAAACCUAACUUUGCAUUUGCUAAUAACUGUUCCUAUAGUAUUGGUUGAAAUUGUGAUUAUUUGUUUGUAGAUAUAAUGUGUAAAAAGUUAAAUACUUUUAGUUAAAUACUAUACUUGUGAAAAUAUUAAUAUGUACUAUAUAUGUGUUCUUUUGCUAUUAAUAAUGUCACUAUCAUGAAUUGAAAGUUUAACUCAGUACUAGUAGUAGUAAACACACAGUCAUUGGCCUUACUAUUCAUUGUAUUUUUUAUACAGGAAUUUUAAAAAAUCUGUAACUUUUGCAGCUUUUGUAUUUUUGUACUGUACUUUUGAGGAAUGCAAGUUUUAAAUAGAUUAGAAUUUUAUAACUGUGUCAUAAGUUCAUUUGUCAAAUAUUCUUGUUUGCUAUUGCCUUACUUACUUGUGUUACUAUAGAUACUAUAGCAAAGCUUUCUUUUAUUUGAGAACUGCACCAUGAACCACAACAGUGAACCUUGUCCACUAAUAAUUGGAAACAAGUAUUUACAAUUAUAUUUUUAUUCAUUCAGCUGCAAAUAACAUGUGGGAAGUAUGUUGCUGUCAUAUGUGGUACAGAUUUGUUUAUUUAUAUCUGUAACUCUUUCCAUACCUGUAUAACAGUUUGUCUUUAUCUUGUUAUGUACAGAACACUUUUAACUACUGGAUGUUCUUAAUGGAACUAUAUGUUUUCUCUUUUCUUUCUGACAAAUUACUUAAUGGAUUUGGAAGCAGCUGUUUUGCAAAUAAGUUGCUGGAAACAACAAAA